AUGAAGAAAAUAUGCGACUAUAAGCUUGUCAGCAGUCACAGGCCUAUCCUUGAAAGGAAUAAUGUCUCCUAGACUCGAUCCUAGACCGUGGAUAUCUUUGAAAAGGAACUCUUUCAACUUUACGUUCAAAAACCUUUUCUUUUUGGUCGUAUUUCUGCCAAUACGACUGCUACUCGCUUGUGACAAGGAUUACGUCAUACCAGGUCACGCACUUGUAAACCAUGUGAGUGCAUCGUUUGUAGGCGUGACAAACUACCAGGAUUGCGUUGAAAGGUGUACUGCUAAUUCAGCUUGCUACAGUAUUAAUUAUUACAAUACAGGUCGGUGUGAGCUCAAUAAUGCUACCCAUCUCUCUCACCCAAUGGAACUUCUCCCUUCCUUUUCCAAUGUAAAGUAUACGAUCAGCAGAGCUCGUUCGUUGAUCACGUGUAGCAAUCAGUAUUGCAGUGAUAAAGAUAUAUGUAUCGUGAACAGCGAUGGAUCUUCAUAUCAGUGCAAAGUGUGCAGUGCAGCUCUAGGCAUGGAAAGUAAAGCAAUAACUAAUGCACAGAUCACUGCUUCAUCCCAGUUCGGUGAUCCAGGGCAUGAUCCAUGGAAAGCAUGA